AUGCCACCACGAAGUCGGACUAUCCCAUUACCACCUCCACUUCCUCCAUCAACAAUGAAUCGAAAAAUAGAAAAAUUUCCUACAGCAUCAGCAUUUUCAGCAUCAAUUCAUCAGAAAGAUACUACAUUAACAUCAGGUAUUUCUUCAUCAUCUGUUGGUUUUACUGGAAUCUCUAAUCCGGCUAAUUCAUGUUUUAUGAAUGCUGCUAUUCAAUGUUUAUCUAAUACACGUGAAUUACGAGAUUAUUUUCUUGGAUCUUGUUAUUUAUCUGAAAUAAAUCUAACAAAUCCACUUGGUAUGAAAGGUGCGAUUGCUGAAGAAUUUGGUACUUUAAUUAAAAAUUUAUGGAAUGGAAAACUUAAUUGGACUAAUGGAAAUCAAUUACGAUAUUUUGCUGCUAAAAGACAUCAAGAAUUUGUUGGUAAUGGUCAACAUGAUGCACAAGAAUUAUUAACUAUUUUAUUGGAUGCUAUUCAUGAAGAUCUUAAUCGAAUAAAAACUAAACCUCAAGUACCACCAAUAGAAGAUCAAGGUCGAUCAGAUCAUAUUGUUGCUGAUGAAUAUUGGCGUGGUUAUUUAAGUCGAAAUGAUUCUGUUAUUGUUCAAUUAUUUACUGGUCAAUUUAAAUCAAAAACAAAAUGUCCACAAUGUCAUAAAGAAUCAAUAACUUUUGAUCCAUUUACAACACUUUCUGUACCAUUACCAAAGCGAACAGCUGUUGAUACAAUUGUUACAUUUAGAAAUGAUGAAAAACCACCAAUUAAAUAUCGUAUUAUUAUGUCAGCUGAUGGAUUAAUUAGCGAAUUUAAACGUGUGUUAUCUAAUAAAUGUGGUUUACCAGCGAAUAAAAUGAUAGCAUAUAAGAUUCGAGGUAAUCGUCCAGUAGAUCAUCUUAAAAAUGAUGAUCGACUUACAUCUACUGGUUAUUCAUGGAAUAAUAAUGAUAUUAUUUAUGUAACAGAAUUAUUAACAAGUGCUGAAUGUAAUAAUGAACCAAUCAUUCAAUUAACAUUUAUUCAACGUAUAUUUAAAUUACAUGAAUAUGUUGCACCAUGUGGUUAUUGUCAAGCAUCACCUAAUCCUCAUACUUCAUCAAUACUUUGUCAUAAUUGUUAUCAAGUGUCUUAUUGUGAUGAAAUAUGUCAAAAACUUCAUGCACAAGAACAUAAAAAUUAUUGUGGAUUUCGAUUAACAGACAAUUAUGAAGUAAUUGGUAUUCCAUUUGUUAUUUCAUUACCAGAAUCAAAAUUAACAUGUAAAAAUGUAUUUGAACAGAUUAGUAUUUAUGCUAAACGAAGUGUAGAUAUUCAUAUAGAACGUUCAAAACGUACUCGACGAUCAUUACCAUCAAAUGAAGAUUAUGAUCGUGUAAAUAGUGAUUUAGAAGAAGAUGAAAGAGAUGAUAAUGAUGAUGAAGAUACUUUUAGUGAUAUUGAAAAUGUUGAUUGGCCAACAAUAAAACAUACUCUUUCAUCAUCGGAUUCUUGGUCUAUAUGUCGUCUGGGUGAUUAUUUUGUUAAAACUGGUAAAAAUAAACGUCGUCGUUAUGAUGAACAAAAAAAUCGUAAAGAAAAAAUGAUAAAAAAUAACAAUAAUAAUAAUGAAAAAACAAUGAUAUCAAAUAGUGACAGUAAUAGUAGUACUGAAGAAUUUGAUAUGCUUGAUGACAUAUAUAGAAAUCAACCAUUAUUUCGUUUAAUGCCACAACCAUCAAACAGUCCAAAUAAUAAUACAAUUCAACCAAUUGUUGAACCAGGUGAUGAUGCUGAUAAGAUUUUACGUCGUUAUACUACAUUUUCAAUUGAUUGGUUUACAGAUAAUAAAGCUGAAGCACCAUUACGUGUUAUACCAUCAAAACAUCGUCAUGGUAUCAAUGGUCUUCUUGAAGAUGAUAGUGUUUUUAAUAUAUCUCCGGGUGAUCAAGAUCUAACACUUCAACAAUGUCUUCAAAUGUUUAUUGAACCUGAAGUAUUAGGUCCUGAUGAUAAAUGGUAUUGUCCAUAUUGUAAAGAACAUAUGCAAGCUGAAAAAAUUAUGUCAGUUUGGCGUUUACCACCAAUACUUAUUAUACAUCUUAAACGAUUUAAAUAUAAUCAUGGUUCAUCAUAUGGAUAUUUUUCUGAUUCAAGAGUUAAAAUUGAUACAAAUGUUAAAUAUCCAGUUCAUGAUCUUAAUAUGACUCCAUAUUGUUCAUCAACAACAGAUUCAUCUCAAGCUCGUUAUGAUUUAUUCGGCAUUAUAAAUCAUCGUGGUAGUGCAUGGUUUGGACAUUAUACAUCCUAUGCAAGACUUUUAUCUUAUAAUGAUUCAGUUAAAACUGAAAUUGGUUGGAGAAAUUUUGAUGAUGAACGCGUAUCAUCAUUAUCAUGUGAUAAAGACCUUGUUCGAUCUGAUGCUUAUGUUCUUUUUUAUCGUCAUCGUAAUUCACCAAUUAAUCUUGUUAUGAAUGAACAAAAUACAUCACCUACAUCAAUGGAUACAUAUAAAGAUACCAUAACAAUAGAUACAUACAAAGAUACAACAACAAUAGAAUCAUCUUCUAUGAAAGAUAUACAAGAUCUUUUACGUUAA